AUGUUUUCAAAUUCUUGAGCAGUGCAGGCUUGGCAAGUUUCCAUCAGUUUGUAAAGGCGAAGAAGCUGGUGAAGCUAUUUACAAACAGUCGAAGACAUGGACAACCGGCCGUGCAUGGUCAAUGCAAACUCUGUUGUACCAGGAAUGAGCACAGUGGACCGUGCGAGGAGAAGUGUUUCCACCUUCCCCACAGCACUUGUCCAAGCAUUUGUUGCGCAAGAAACCCCUUCUAUACAGAUGGGGAUUAAUGCUCCGUAUGAGAUUGGUGGAUCCUCAACACAGCCCUUCGCAGGUGAGGUAACACAACAAGCAAGCGAGUUAAUGCACAUGGGCGUCCAGGAGCAGCUCGAUGUUGCGACUCGCGUUCCCGGCAUGGCGAUUCCGAUAACAUCCGUCAACCCCUCCCACAACAACGGGCAACUUUUUGCAGCGGAGCCUACAUCGAGAGCGUGGUUGGCAGCGAAACGACCACGAGAGGUCUUUGAGGAGGGCGGGUUGGAGCACAUAUUAUGGAAUUUGGAUGAGGAUGGACUAUCUGGCGAGGACAUAGAGGAAUCGAGCGGGGAAUUCGACGAUGUCAAACCCGUGACAGGUGCCCCUCUCCCCCGGGUUCUAUACGAGCUCAGUGUUGUUCGCGUUGCGCAAGAGUUUCCAAACAUCACAGAUUUUCGGAAGGUCGUGGCCGAUGAUGCGGUGAAGAAGAAGUAUGAGUUUCGGAUUGUGAAGUCCGAUCCAACAAGGUACACAGUGAAAUGCAAGGCGAAGGUUGUGGGUGGUGGUUGCACGCUUCAGCGGUGCAUGGUGGACUGAUGUUUAGGAUCAAAUCAAUUGUCGCACACUGC